CUAUCCUCUUUGUUGGCGCGAAAUUGAAAAGUUUGACCCUUUGCCUUUCGUAAACAUUUUCUUCCUUUGAAAGGUCACAGGUGAAUUAAUUCAAAGUUUAGUGUUGGUGAUCUUAUAAGUUUUGAAAUUUUAGGUGCUUCCGACGGGGCGUUGGGCGUUGAACGAACGAACAUCUGCGAGCACGAGCACCAGCCGACCAAAGGAGCCGACCAGCCCAGCCAAGGGCAGGGACGAAACAUGAACGAAAGGGAGGCAUGUCAAUGAAAAUUGCCCACAAGAAGAUACAAAUUAUGGCUGUGUUUUUGUUAAAUACUUGUAAAUUCAAUGGAUGCGGGCGAAGUUUUAGUCACCUUGGGGAAUUGAUUCUUCAUAUAGAAGAGAAACACAUUGAUUAUGAUCCCAGGGCUAUUGAGCAAAAAGAACAGCAGCAGCCAACAUGCCUCCCUUUGAGCUAUAUCCUUCGUUUCUACUCCGAUGCGGCCCGAAAAGAAUAUCCCAGGACAGCAAGUCCGCCGCGAACACCAUCAAAAACAAUAACCACUUCUCUCAACACUCCAGUAAACCCAAAAAGUCCCUCAGAAAGUGACCUGGAUGAAGACGAAGCUGCCUCUGAAAGUGGUGAAGAUAGUGAUGACUCGUGGACCACACCAGAGGAGUUUAGUUCAGAAUUUAUUUUGAAAGAAGGCAGCAAGAGUGCGUCCAAUAAUGUUGGCGAGGAUAGGCCUUUUGUCUGUCCUGUGCCUGGAUGCAAAAAGAGGUAUAAGAAUGUUAACGGCAUCAAGUACCACGCUAAAAAUGGACACAAGAAGGAUUCUGGAAAGAUCCGUAAAGCGCAUCGUUGUCCUUGUGGGAAAAAGUAUCGCACAGUUGUUGGCCUUAAAACGCACACACAGGUUGCUCACCAAGCAUCACCUGAUGGCGUGAAGACAUUGCCAGUACGCACUUCAAGUCUGGCUGUGCUCGACCAAAGCUUUACUCUGGUAGCCAAAGGGAGACAGGGCAAUGUGGUGCAACUAGGAAUAAUCACGCCCAACCAUCAGUCCUCGCAGAGUUCAACGACUCUAACUUUGACGCCAAUCACUCAAAAAAGCACACAAUAGUCCGUCUUCCACCAGCUAAGUGAAGUUGCAUAGCAGCAAAGUACCAAAAAUGCAAAACAGCUGCUAUCAACUCUCUCAAGGAGGAGAAUUACAAUCAUGGUAGUUGAGGUGUAGUUUAGAAGAAAAGUGAAUAGUAAAAUGUAGUCGGAUUUCUUAGAGCGACUCAUGUCGAAUGUUAAAAGGGUUUAAAUCUCGAAAAGGAAAAUGCAACAAUAUUAUACAAGAAACAAUGUGCCAUUCACUGGAGAUAAUGCUAGUUAGGAGAAAACAAAAAUGAUUAUUGUUAGCUCUACAAAGCAGAAGGUGCUAUGCCUGAAAGCUAAAAUCGUAUUACAAACCAUAAACAGGGUCUUGGCUUUUGUUCUCUAUAUGCACGCUCUCUGGUCACAUAAAAAGCAGCCGGGAAAUUGUUGAAAUGUUAUGGCCAAACUUGCCCUAAAAAAAAAAUUAAAAAAAUACAGUAAAUAAUUUACUGCUUAUAUUUCUUUGUUGAGGAAUAUAAAUGAAGCAUAUGAGCAUAAUUUUGCUGAACUGAUGUAUUACUUUGCAAUAUUAUUAUGUGUGUGCUCAAAUUCUUAAAACAGCGGCUAAAGGGAUUUAAACUCGAUAGUUUAAAAAUCCCCAAUUUUUGAUGAUUAGAAAGGCUACAAAAAGUUAAGAACUAUGCAAUUGGCACCUAUAAUCUACACUGCAUUUCCCUUCCAUAUAAAAAGCGUAGUCAAGAAAAAUGAUUAGAGCAAUUCAUUUCGAUUCAUUUAUCACAACUUGCUCUGUUUUACGUACCUGUAGUCACGUUAUUAGCAUUUAUAAAUUAAAACAAGCAUAGCUGAUUCUAAGCUGCACACAAGCGUGCUAAUUAGCAAGUAGCAAACUUUGGCUGCAGAAAACAUAGUCAGUCGACAACAAAGAAGAAGUGUGUUCUCCUGAAAAAGAAAUCACUCUCAUAGUGGUCUAGUCUGUUGAAUGUGAUUAAAUAAUGCAGAAUCAACUAUUCUUAUGAAGUUACAGCAUUAUAAAAUAGUUAAAAUUGUCUUGGCUUAAAAAAAGCAGUGUGUUCAUAAUCCAAAGGUUCAAGAUUUGAAAAAUAAGUUAUUCAAUAUUUGGAGCAAUUUGGAGUUAUAAAAACAUAGCUACCCAUAUGCAUGAAUAUGUAAAAUGACACUUAAAGGUUAUGUAAAUUAGAUGUG